GGCUAUUCCCAAAAGAAAGAGUAAAAAAGUGAGAAAGAGAAACAUCUUUUCAAAGCCACAAAAUCAACUUGUGGCUCAAAUUCAUUGUUGCAUAUGAUGUAGCAACUUUUUUUGUAUCAACAAAAACAACACACAAACCACAAACACAAAACGUGUCACUCUCUCUCUCUCUUUAAACUUUCUCUCUCUACACUUUUUUGCUUUUUUAGUUUUAUCCAAAAAAUUUAUAUAUUUAUAUAUAAAAAAAAAGACAAAAACAAAACAAAAAAACAGAAAAAUGUUGGAAGCCAAAGACCCUGCGAUCAAGCUUUUUGGGAAGACGAUUCCGGUACCGGAGAUCUCUUCUGGAUCCGGUGACUCUACCGGAGCUCCGGCUUCAUCUUCUGGUGAUGCUGUUGAUGAUGGUAUUGCUCAAAACCAUGCUUCUUCCUUAAACUCUUCAAAUACAAACAUGGAUGAAGAAGAUAGAGAAAUUGAUCAGGACACAAUGGAAGAGGAACUGAGCAAGUGUAAGAAGGAAAAAGAUGAAACUCUCGCCCAAUCGUCACAAAAGAAAACUGAUCUAGACACUGCAUCAAGAUUAGUGGAAGAAUCUAUUAACCCCUCCACCGAGGAGGAGCAAAAGUCUAAUGAAGAACAGGCUGAGAAUGCACAGGAUAAGACCUUGAAAAAGCCAGACAAAAUACUUCCAUGCCCCCGAUGUCACAGCAUGGAUACCAAGUUCUGUUACUACAAUAAUUACAAUGUCAACCAACCACGUCAUUUCUGCAAGAACUGCCAGAGAUACUGGACUGCCGGUGGGGCCAUGAGAAACGUUCCUGUAGGCGCCGGUCGUAGGAAGAACAAGAGUUCUAGUUCUCACUAUCGCCAGAUAACUAUCCCUGAUGUAAUAGCCGUUCAGAAUUCUCAAUCUGACUCCCCUAAUGGAAUCCAUCCUCCUCCUCUGAACUGUAACGGCACGGUCUUUACGUUCGGGACCGGUUCACCCUUGUGUGAAUCAAUAGAAUCUGCAUUGAACAUUGUUGAUAAAGGAGUUAAUACUUGCACCAAUAAUGGAUUCAUUAGACCGGAAAAUCUAAGAAUUCAUGUUCCCUAUGCUGGUGAAGAAAAUAGCAAUGAAUCUCCUGACGCAUCGACAACGCCAGCGGAAGAUGCAACUGUCAACAAUUCUCUAGAACAAGCUAUGCCGAAUUGUAAAAGCUUCCCACCUCAAGUUCCAUACUACCCGGGUGCCCCUUGGCUUUUACCGUGGAAUCCAUCCCAAUGGAGCUCUCAAGUACAACCACCACCUGCUUUUUUCCCACAAGGAUUUGCCAUGCCAGUCUAUCCUCCACCGGCUUAUUGGGGUUUUACUGUGCCCGGAGCAUGGAACAAUCCAUGGCUGGCACAACCGUCUUCGCCAAGUAGUGCAGCCGUUAACUCUGGUCCUAACUCGCCAACCUUAGGUAAGCAUUCAAGGGAUGAAAGCACGCUAAAAUUGAACGAAGCAGCAGGUUCUGACGAAGGAAACAAUAAAGAAGAAAAGUCCCUUUGGGUUCCCAAAACAUUGAGGAUUGAUGACUUAGGAGAAGCAGAAAAAAGCUCUAUAUUGACAACUCUUGGGAUUAAUAACAAUAAGACAGAUUUGAUUCGCGGGGGAGGACUUUUCAAAGCAUUCGCAUCAAAGGACGAUGAAAAAGAUGGCAUGCAAAACUCACCUGUCAUGCAGGCCAAUCCUGCAGCAAUGUCUAGGUCAAUUAACUUCCAUGAGACCUCAUAAACAUGUAGCUUAUAAAUUAGCUUUUAUUUAUUAGAUGCAGCAGUUGAGCCAGUUGAUACAGUUGCUAUGAAAUGUAAACACAUACACAUUCCCGACACUUAUACAUCGACACUGGUAAUAACACACCUUUAAUCUGAAGUGUUUCCGCACUUCUUCAAGAAGUUGCAAACUGUAAGAACACAUUGGUUCUUUUCUUUUUGUUUUGGUAAGAGUUGGUUCUUAUUGUUGAUCAAUGGAAGAAAUUGAGAAA